UAUUCGAAGUAGAGCGUAAUAAUCCUAAUUAUAUGGAUAGGUUAACAAUUACGAUAAAUAUCUAUUACAUUAGAAACUAAAAAAUGUUCUAUCCCUCGCAUGAGGCUGGAUCUAGUACGCUGAGUUGAGAUCAACUUCAUCACUCAACCUCAACUAAAAUUCAGUAGCUCACAGCGCUCGGACUCAUAUGCAUGUGUCUACGUCGUAACAGUUUGCGCGCCAAAAUAUCGGGGAAUAUAAUCAUUUGUAAAAACUGUGUUAUAAAGUUUUUAAAUAUGUUGUUACUCCAUAUUGAUAUUCAGAACAUUGUUCUUAUUAUUUUAAAGCUAAUAUAUAAUAAUUGACAUGGUUAUAAAAAGUUUCAAGGCAGUGCGAUAUUUCAGUACUUGGGCAAUCGGCCAAACUUUAGAUAAACACACGUUUGAUGCAUUUAGUUACAAAGUUUAAAGUUGAUAAACAACAACAAAAAACGUUUGUAGUAUUGUACUCUAAAUAAUUAACAUUAUUACAAAAUAAUAGGACUGUAUAUUAACUUGGUUAUUUUUAAUAUGGUUGCGUAUAUAAAAGUGAAAGUUAUCUUAAGUCUAAAAGGGUGAAUUAUUUCGUGUGAUGUAAAAUAUUUAUUUCGUGGUGCGUUUAACAUUAAUUAUGAGUGUUGAAUCAUCAAAGCCAAUUCGUAGUGAUGCGGGUGAGCCGGAGUCACAAGACAUAUCAAUAAGGAGUCCAUCAAUAAGGGUACCUACGCCGAAGAAAUCCUUAGCACUGAGAUUAUGGGUGCUGUUGCAGCCGUUGGCAAGAUUAUGGGGCCUUAUUACUGCUGUUGUUCUCAGCGGUGCCGGAGCAGAACUAAUGGUGCUCGGGUACGAAGUCGCGCCGGGCUUCUUAGUUGGCGCAGCUCUUGUCUUCGUAUUGGAGACGAUGUGGGUAGCUGCACUGUUCGUGGACUUGCUGUGCCGGCGUGGACAGUAUACGCUGUCUCUACGUUGCUGGGACUUCACGAGGUGGUCCUGUGGUCGUGCGCGCGCUCCGUUCUACGCAUGUGCCGCGACCUCCAUCUUGUUUGCUAAUCUGACAGUCCUUGCUGCUGUUUCAGGUGGCUUACUGCUCGUUCUAGCAGCCUUACGAGCUGCGGCACCAUUCUCCCCGUUCGCAACGCACGGGCCUCACCACGCACGCGCCGGCAGCUCCUUACUCAGCCAGCACGACUCCCCUCUACCUGACGUCUUCUACAACGCCGCGCAUUCCGCUGACGACAAAUGUGAAGAAAUGACUGUCCUCGAUAUAAAGACACCGGAGAAAUCGCGAUCGCCGACACCAAAGCAAUCUCUGUUAGAAAUCUAACUUAUCUAGUGUAUUUAAGUUUGGUUUAUAUAUUAUGCGUGCAGAAUAACAUAACUUUUUGUAUUCGAUGAUUGGUAAUGAUUUCCAUGUUCCACUUCUAGUGGACGUUCUCAGUGACGUCAUUGGACUAAAGUGUCAUGUUACUGCGACUUCUUACUUAAUAUUACGAAGUAAUGAUAUUUAAAAAUUGCGGCAUUAUGUACGAUUUAUUUUCUACAUUAGUUGUA